GGUUGCUGCUGGUAGUGACCAGCUGGAGAACUCAGGUGCAGCAGACAGCAGUGCUCGAGAGCAUGAGCUCCACACCAAAACCCAUAGGGAUUAUCGGAGCGCCUCUGUCCAAGGGACAGCCACGAGGAGGAGUAGAGAAGGGUCCUGUGGCACUGAGGAGCGCUGGUCUGGUGGAGAAGCUGAAAGAACAAGAGUGUGACGUGAAAGACUAUGGGGACCUGUCCUUUGCCGAUGUCCCUAAUGACAGUCCCUUUCAAAUUGUGAAGAACCCAAGGACUGUGGGAAAAGCCAAUGAGCAGCUGGCUGGUGUUGUGGCAGAGGCCCAGAAGAAUGGAAGAGUCAGCGUGGUGCUGGGCGGAGACCACAGUAUGGCGAUUGGGAGCAUCGCUGGCCAUGCCAAAGUCCACCCUGACCUCGCUGUCAUCUGGGUAGAUGCUCAUACCGAUAUCAACACUCCGUUGACAACCACCACUGGGAACUUGCAUGGGCAACCUGUGUCUUUCCUCAUGAAGGAACUAAAAGGAAAGAUCCCUGAUGUACCUGGAUUCUCCUGGUUGACUCCCUGUAUAUCUGCCAAGGAUAUUGUGUAUAUUGGCUUGCGAGAUGUGGAUCCUGGGGAACACUAUAUUAUAAAAUCUCUGGGAAUUAAAUAUUUCUCAAUGACUGAAGUGGACAAACUGGGAAUUGGCAAGGUGAUGGAAGAGACAUUCAGCUAUCUGCUAGGAAGAAAGAGAAGGCCCAUUCACUUGAGCUUUGACGUCGAUGGAAUGGACCCAUCAAUCACACCUGCUACUGGUACACCUGUUGUGGGAGGUCUAUCUUAUAGAGAAGGUAUCUACAUAACAGAAGAAAUUUACAAGACAGGGCUACUCUCAGGACUAGACAUCAUGGAAGUAAACCCGACUCUGGGGAAGACGCCAGAAGAGGUGACUCGAACAGUAAACACAGCAGUAGCAUUAACCCUGGCUUGUUUUGGGGUUGCUCGGGAGGGUAAUCAUAAUCCUAUGACUGAGUACCUUAACCCACCCAAGUGAGUGUGGGAGCAUCACAUGAAAAUCUCACAGCUGAUGGCAUAAUUAGCAAACCCAAUAAUUUACUUAAGCCAACAGUUACUCUCCCAAAGACUUGUUCUUCCAGAAAGCUGUCUUUCCAGUUAGUUAGCAUACAUUCUACCAGCUCCCUCCUGGUAGAAAAUCCAGGAUGUGUAACAGUUCUAACAGCUCUGAAAUUAGAAAGCAUGUAUUUCUCAUUUGGCAUGAGAGUCAUCCUUAAAGAGGUAUAAACUAACUUCCAUGAGCUGGCAUUUAAAAUACACAGCAAUGUAAAAAAGGCUUGCAGCCUGGAGAGUCAUCAUGUGUCCAUGUUGUUCAAAGAAUGUGAUUUUUGUAAUAAACUCUUUAUAACAAGA